AUGAACGAGAGUAAUGAAGAAGGAGAAAAGGACCAAAACACUAAAGACGUUCAGUCAGACACAGAAUCUGACGACCUCAAUCUCAUGACAGACGAUUCUACAUACAAGAGAGAGGAUCCUGGGCGUCUACAUUCUAUUACAGGGACAAUGACUGAGGAAGAAUUGCACAGGUAUGAAAAGUUUCGAGGGAGCGGGUUUCCAAAGGCUGCAAUUAAAAAGUAUAUAAGCAGCGUAAUAGGCCAGGCUGUAAAUCCAAAUUUCGUCAUCGCAGUUUGUGGGCUUGCAAAGGUAUUUGUGGGGGAGAUGAUAGAAAUGGCAAAGAUUGUUCAGGGAGAAAGAGAAGAGACCGGCCCUCUUCUUCCUUCCCACAUACAUGAAGCAUAUAGGAGGCUUCACAGAAAAAUUCCCAACAUAAAGGUGUUCAAAAAGGCACCCUGGAAUACAUAG